AUGUGUUCAAGGAGUGUUUUUGCAUUUGGUCACAAACUGAGUGACUCCAAAGCAGUGGUUCACCUUAUCCAAACCUAUGCACAAACCAAAGAGUUAAUCAAAGGAAAACAGUUGCAUGCUCAGCUGAUCCGAGGAGGGUGUUUACCAUGCACCUUUCUGACGAAUCACUUCCUCAAUUUCUACUCCAAAUGUGGAGAGCUUGAUUACACUAUCAAACUGUUUGACAGAAUGCCACAAAGAAACAUGGUUUCUUGGACAGCCAUGAUAACUGGGUUUUCUCGUAAUUUGAGGUUUGGAGAGGCUUUGUAUACCUUUUGUCAAAUGAGAGUUGAAGGAGAAGUUACCUCACAAUUUGCCCUUUCAAGUGUGCUUCAAGCUUGUGCCUCUCUUGGGUCAUUUCAGUUUGGUACACAGGUGCAUUGUCUCGUUGUCAAAUGUGGGUUCGGCUGUGAACUGUUUGUGGGUAGUAAUUUGACUGAUUUGUAUUCAAAAUGCGGGGAGGUGCCUAGUACUUCUAAAGUUUUUGAGGAAAUGCCUUGUAAGGAUGAGGUGUUGUGGACUUCAAUGAUUGAUGGCUUUGUGAAAAAUGGAAAUUUUGAGAAAGCUUUAAUAGCUUAUAAGGAAAUGGUCAUUGAUGAUGUUUUUAUUGAUCAGCAUGUACUUUGUAGUACUUUAAUUGCUUGCAGUGCACUUAAGGCUACUGGUUUUGGGAAGUCCCUUCAUUCAACUAUUGUGAAGUUUGGAUUCGAAUACGAGACUUUCAUAGGAAAUGCCCUUACAGAUAUGUAUUCAAAGUUUGGAGAUAUGGUAAGUGCUUCAAAUGUCUUCCAAAUCAAUUCUGGUUUUAGAAAUAUAGUGUCUUUUACUACUAUUAUUGAUGGUUAUGUUGAGAUGGAUCAGAUUGAGAAGGCUUUAAGCACUUUUGUUGACUUGCGGAGGUGGGGAAUUGAACCUAAUGAGUUUACUUUCUCUAGCUUGAUCAAAGCUUGUGCUAACCAAGCAAAACUAGAACAUGGGAGCCAGCUCCAUGGUCAAGUUGUCAAAUUCAACUUUGACAGAGACCCUUUUGUUUCUUCCGCACUAGUUGAUAUGUAUGGAAAGUGUGGGUUGUUUGACCACUCAAUCCAAUUGUUUGAUGAGAUUGAAACUCCAAACGAUAUAGCGUGGAAUACAUUGGUGGGAGUUUUUGCUCAGCAUGGUUUAGGAAGAAAUGCCGUUGAAACUUUUAAUGGGAUGAUCCACAGAGGACUGAAACCAAACGCAGUAACAUUUGUUAACCUUUUAAAAGGAUGUAGUCACGCAGGAAUGGUUGAGGAUGGGUUAAACUACUUUUAUUCCAUGGACAAGAUUUAUGGGGUAGUGCCUAGAGAAGAACAUUACAGUUGUGCUAUUGAUUUGCUUGGUAGAGCUGGAAAGCUUAAAGAAGCAGAAGAUUUUAUAAAUAGCAUGCCUUUUGAACCAAAUGCUUUUGGCUGGUGUUCUUUUCUUGCGGCUUGUAAAACCCAUGGUGAUAAGGAAAGAGCCAAACUUGUAGCAGACAAAUUGAUGAAGCUUGAACCUGAAAGUAGUGGGGCUCAUGUUUUGCUUUCAAAUAUUUAUGCAAAAGAAAGACAAUGGGAAGAUGUAAGAAUUUUGAGGAAGAUGAUAAGAGAUGGCAACACGAAGAAGUUGCCAGGUUACAGUUGGGUUGAUAUUGGAAAUAAAACUCAUGUGUUUGGGGUUGAAGACUGGUCUCAUCCUCAAAAGAAAGAAAUUUAUGAAAAGCUUGAUAGUCUUCUUGAUCAGAUAAAGAGUAUUGGGUAUGUUCCUCAAACUGAAUUAGUUCUGAUUGACAUGGAUGACACUUUGAAGGAGAAGCUUCUUCUCAAUCACAGUGAAAGGAUUGCUGUGGCUUAUUCAUUACUAACCAGUCCAACUGGGAAACCGAUCAUUGUCAAGAAAAAUUUAAGAGUUUGCUCUGAUUGUCAUUCUGCAUUAAAAUAUAUUUCUAAGGUUACUGGGAGAAAUAUCAUUGUCAGAGAUAUCAGCAGGUUUCAUCAUUUCUCCAACGGUUCUUGUUCCUGUGGAGAUUACUGGUAA